UGGAGGCGGGAGGGCUGGCGCUGGCACCGGGAAGGGCAGAGCGGCGGAGAGCGCGACACGUGCGGCCCGAGCACCGGGGCCGCCAGGUCCCCGCAGGCCCCGACCGCGCCCGCGGGCGGGCGACAAGCGGAAGAAUACAAAGUUCUAUACCAGAAUUGAUUGUUGAUGGCACAUAGAGGCUGCUCAUUGGCACUUAUUUUUAUAAUCAUGUGGCUGUUGAUUAAAGCAAAAAUAGAUGAGUGCAGGAGGGGCGAUGUGACUGUGAAGCCUUCCCGUGUAAUUUUACUUGGAUCCACUGUCAAUAUUUCAUGCACUUUGAAGCCCAGACAAGGCUGCUUGAACAAUUCCAGACAUAACAAGUUAAUCCUGUACAAGUUUGACAGAAGAAUCAAUUUUCACCAUGGUCACUCCCUCAAUUCUCAAGUCACAGGUCUUCCCCUUGGUACAACCUUGUUUGUCUGCAAAUUGGCCUGUAUCAAUAGUGAUGAAAUUCAAAUAUGUGGAGCAGAGAUCUUAGUUGGGGUUGCUCCAGAACAGCCUCAAAACUUGUCCUGCAUACAGAAGGGAGAACAAGGGACUGUGGCCUGCACCUGGGAUAGAGGACGAGACACCCACCUAUACACUGAGUAUACUCUACAGUUAAGUGGACCAAAAAAUUUAACCUGGCAGAAGCAAUGUAAAGAUCAUUAUUGUGACUAUUUGGACUUUGGAAUCAACCUCACCCCUGAAUCACCUGAGUCCAGUUUCACAGCCAAGGUCACUGCUGUCAAUAGUCUUGGAAGCUCCUCUUCAUUUCCAUCCACAUUCACAUUCCUAGACAUAGUGAGGCCUCUUCCUCCGUGGGACAUCAGAAUCAGCUUUCAAAAGGCUUCUGUGAGCAGAUGUACCCUUUAUUGGAGAGAUGAGGGACUGGUACUGCUUAAUCGACUCAGAUAUCGACCCAAUAACAGCAGGCUCUGGAAUAUGGUUAAUGUUACAAAGGCCAAAGGAAGACAUGAUUUGCUGGAUCUGAAACCAUUUACAGAAUAUGAAUUUCAGAUUUCCUCUAAACUGCAUCUUUUUAAGGGAAGUUGGAGUGAUUGGAGUGAAUCAUUGAGAGCACAAACGCCAGAAGAAGAGCCUACUGGGAUGUUAGAUGUCUGGUACGUGAAACGGCACUUGGACUAUAGUAGACAACAGAUUUCUCUUCUCUGGAAGAAUCUGAGUGUCUCAGAGGCAAGAGGAAAAAUUCUCCACUAUGAGGUGAUCUUGCAGGAACUGACAGGCGGGAAAGCCAUGAUACAGAACAUCACAGGACACACCUUCUGGUCCACAGUCAUUCCUAGAACUGGAAAUUGGACUGUGGCUGUGUCUGCAGCAAAUUCAAAAGGCAGUUCUCGGCCCACUCGUGUUAACAUAACAAACCUCUGUGGGGCAGGGUUGCUGGCCCCUCGCCCGGUCUCUGCAUACUCAGAGGGCAAGGACGGCAUUCGGGUGAUCUGGCAGCCUCCCAGGAAAGCUCCCUCUGCUGUUCAAGAGUACGUGGUGGAAUGGAGAGAGCUCCAUCCAAAGGGCGACACACAGGUCCCUCUGAACUGGCUGCGGAGUCCCCCCUACAAUGUGUCUGCUCUGAUUUCAGAGAAUGUAAAGCCCUACAUCUGUUAUGAAAUCCAUGUGUAUGCACUCUCAGGGUAUCAAGGAGGAUGCACUUCCACGCUGGGUAACUCUAAGCACGAAGCUCCACGGAGCGGCCCCCAUGUUAAUGCCAUCACAGAGGAAAAGGGGAGCGUUUUAAUUUCAUGGAACAGCAUUCCAGUCCAGGAACAAAUGGGCUGCCUCCUCCAUUACAGGAUAUAUUGGAAGGAACGGGACUCCAACUCCCAGCCUCAGUUCUGUGAAAUUCCUUAUAGAGUUUCCCAAAAUUCACAUCCAAUAAACAGCCUGCAGCCCCGAGUGACAUAUGUCCUGUGGAUGACAGCUCUGACAGCUGCUGGUGAAAGUUCCCCAGGAAAUGAGAGGGAAAUUUGUUUGCAAGGUAAAGCCAAUUGGAUGGCGUUUGUGGCACCAAGCAUUUGCAUUGCUAUCAUCAUGGUGGGCAUUUUCUCGACACAUUACUUCCAGCAAAAGGUAUUUGUUCUCCUAGAGGCCCUCAGACCUCAGUGGUGUAGCAGAGAAAUUCCAGAUCCAGCAAACAGCACUUGCACUAAGAAAUAUCCCAUCGCGGAGGAGAAGACACAGCUGCCCUUGGACAGGCUCCUGACAGACUGGCCCACUCCUGAAGACCCUGAACCCCUUGUCAUCAGUGAAGUCCUUCAUCAAGUGACCCCAGUCUUCAGACAUCCCCAUUGCUCCAACUGGCUACAAAGGGGAAAAGGAAUCCAAAGUCACCAGACCUCUGAGAAAGACAUGAUGCCCAGUGCCUCAAGCCCACCAUCUUCAAGAGCUCUCCCAGCUGAGAGGAGACAACUGGUAGAUCUGUACAAGGUGCUGGAGAGCAGGGGCCCUGACUCAAAGCCAGAAAACCCAGCCGGUCCCUGGACAGUGCUCCCAGCGGGCGACCUUCCCACCCAUCACGGCUACUUACCCUCCAACAUAGAUGAUCUCCCUGCACAUGAGGUGCCUCUCUCUGACUCUCUGGAAGAACUGGAGCCUCAGCAUAUCUCCCUUUCUGUUUUCCCCUCAAGUUCUCUUCACCCACUCACCUUUUCCUAUGGUGAUAAGCUGACUCUGGAUCAGUUAAAGAUGGGGUGUGACUCCCUCAUGCUCUGAGUGGUGAAGCUUAAAGCCUGGAAAGUCAGUGUGCCCACAACCAGCACAGCCUGCCAUAAUUCUCCCAGCCCCAAUGCCAGCGGCUGUCAUCUCUGGGUGCCACCAUCAGUCUGCCUGUAGCUAGAGGACAGGCAAGCCAGCUCUGGGAGGUUCUUAGGAACUGGGAGUUGGUCUUCACACAGAUAUCUCAUCUUGCCUUUCCCAGGGCCUUAAGAUUACAUCCUUCACCAUGUGGACUUAGAGACUCCAACUUGAAUUCCUGGUAACUUUCUUGGCUAUGCUGGCCAGAAAGGGAAAAGAGGAGAGUAGAAACCACAGCUCCUAGGAGUAAUGGCAAACAGUCCAGAGGACCAUUCAUGCAAAGACUAUUUCUAAAAGCACCUGCUACAUAGAAGACCAUACACAGCAGAUCAGUACUGUUCAACAGAACUUCCUGAGAUGAUGGAAACGUUCUACCUCUGCACUCACUGGCCAAUACAGUAAACACUAGGGACACUGGAUGUUUAUCACUUGAAAUGUGUUUAGCUUGACUAAGGAAUUAUAUUUUGAUUGUAAAUUUAAAUCAUCACAUGUGGCUAGUGGCUACUGUUUUGGAGAGCACAGCUCUAGAUGGCUCCUAGAUUACUGGGAGCCACCAUAACAAAUCAGCCUAGUUCUAUGGACGAGGACAUAAAAGACACUGGUAAACACCAGUGUCAAAGGGCCCCCAAGGUGGUCAUGACUGGUUUUAUUUGUAGAAGUCUAAGAAUGUACCUUUUUUCUAGUUAUGCUGGUUUAUUGUUUUAUUUUGGCUUCAACCCUUUCAGUGUGUCAAGGGCAGCUGGAUGGUGAAGAGCUACCAUAAACUCACUAUAGUACUCACUUGGGUGUCUUGUAAAGGGCUGAACCAAAGGCUCUCUGACCCCUUGUUUCCUCUCCUUUUUGCUGCCUUCAGGACCAGGGCUGUCUCAGGGUCUAAGACCCCAACCUCCAAGGUUACCCUCAGAAGUUGUCUGUCCCCUGUUCCCAGAGGCACAGCUUUCAUGCCCCAAGAAGAUUUUGAGCUGGUCCUCUGACAGCUCAAGUUGAGCCUGGAAGAUAACUCUCUUUUCCACAGCAUGGACUUGGAACCUGAUCCAUGUUUUGCUCUUUAAAGCUAUGGUCCCUAGCUUGUCACCCUCCCUGGCACAUUGCUGCCUCUGGCUCUUCACCACAGGCACUUCUACCAAGCUGGUGGAGAAAAGUCUUUGUCUAAACUGCUAAUAGUGCUCUUCCCAAAAGAACAGGAUAAAAGAUCCAAAAAACUUUUUCUUAAAUUCCUGUCAAGCCUGGGGUCUAACACCCACCCCUUCCCACACAAACACUGGAACAGAGAUGGCUUUGCUAUCAUCCUCUAGAUUUUCUUUUUUUUGAGAUGGAGUCUUGACCUGUUGCCAGGCUGGAGUGCAAGGGUGCAGUCUUGGCUCACUGCAACCUCCGACUCCCUGGUUCAAGCAAUUCUCCUGCCUCAGCCUCCCAAGUAGCUGGGAUUACAGGAACACACCACCACGCCCAGCUAAUUUUUAUAUUUUUAGUAGAGUUAAGGUUUCUCCAUGUUGGCCAGGAUGGUCUCGAUCUCCUGACCUCGUGAUCUACUCACCUAGGCCUCCCAAAGUGCUGGGAUUACAGACAUGAGCCACUGCGCCCAGCCUCUGGAUUUUCAUUUAACAAAAUACCUGUUGCAAAUGUGUACUUCUUCCCUAAUGUGCAGCACUAGAAACUUGUCCAUACAGAGCCCAGUCCUGUAUAAAUAACUGUUCUUGCACUUUAGGUUUACCAGAUUUCCCCCGGAGAUCUAAAAAUUGAGCAAUGGACAGUUGCUCUGCUUCAUGUUGAAACUCUUGAUACAUCCUUGUUUCCUGCAAUUCCAAAUUUCACAUCGAUAGUUUUCUCAGGCCUUUUUUUUUUUUUUUUUGAAAAGUUCCUUCCUUUCUAUUACUAUUCUACUUUAUUUAGCUAUUAUUGUGGGGCACCCCCAAGGGUUCCUUUCCUCUCAGCAUCGCUGUAGCUUGCCUGCACCCAGGACGUGCCCUUGACUGACAAAAACCAUGCCAGACAAGGCCACCGCCUCAGAAAUGGACCAACAAAUGAUCUUUUGGCAAUGGGAGCUAACUUCACUGUUUUCUUACAAUAACUGGUUUUUCCUAUCGUUGGCUUCCUUUUGAUGACCUGUUGCCCAUCUCAGCCACUCUUCUCCCCUCUCUUGUGUCCACAACAUCCCAUUUAACCUCCCCACACUUUUUUCCCUUACAGUCUCAGAUUAUACUGCAACUCUCAUUUGUCUUCCCCCAAAAAAUUUUUUUUUAAGAAAUCCUUCCUUGACUCCUAAAGACUCCUAAGGAUGCUGAGGCCUCCUCAGCAUGAAUUCCAAUACUUACUUUCUCUGUUGGACUGCAAACAACUUGAAAGCAGGCACUUUGGCAGUGUUUCUCCAGCACCAGCAUCAGGCCUGGUCCAUAGUAGCUAGCAAUGAAAAGGUAAGCAUCAUGAACCUGCAAGUAUCUGUAAAAGGUCUCAAUUAAUUUAAAAAGUUUUUAUUUUGCCAAGGUUAAGGACACACACUGACACAGCCUCAGGAGGUCUGGAGGACAUGUGCCCAAAGUGGUUGAGGCACAGCUUGGUUUUAUACAUUUUAGGGAGACAUAAGACAUCAAUCAACAUAUGGAAGAUGUACAUUGGUUGGGUCUGGAAAGGCGGGACAACUCAAAGUGGGGGCUUCCAGGUCAUAGGUAAAUAAGAGACAAAAAGUUGCAUUCUUUUGGUGUUUAGAUCAGCCUUUCAUUAAAUACACAAUUUACAUGUGAGAAAGAGGUAGCUCAGGUGAGCAGAGGGAUGAUGCUGAGUUCUGUCUAUACUUUGUCCCACACCUGUGAAGAUCAGCUAUGGUGAAGUUCAACAGAACAGUUUUAGGCUAAAGAUCCUGAAGCCCUCGAAGGCAAAUUUUGAUGAAAGUAGACAGUUUCUUUUUGAGGUGGGAGAUAUGAUGGGAGGCGGGUUGGCCUGAUGCAGUUCCCAGCUUGACUUUUCCCUUUAGCUUAGAUUGAUUUUCUUUUCACAACAGUGUCACCUGCCACUGCUUUGUCUUAUUCUUUCGAGUCCAGAAGCUAGCCCAGCUGUGCCCACUUCCUCAUUCUUGGAACAAUUAUUUGCAUUUGCUCAUUUUCCUUCCCAAACCUCAUUCUACCCCACUGUUUGUUGACAGCACCGCUGUGAAUGCAGAGGAGUGUUUCUCGUUUUCAAGACAUAUUUGAGCAUGUCUUUGGCAGUCACUCUGCCAGAUAAGGUGUCCUCUUUCCAUGAAUGACAGAGGAUGGGUAACUCUGUUCUGCCAUUGUCCCAAGUGUUUUUCACAAUCUGCUCUUCUCCCUCCUGCCCCUUCAACACUAGUAAAAUCCCCAAGCCAAGUUGCUAGAUUCACCAGGUUUAGGUGGAACUCACCAAUGUAGAGUCAGGCUUUCAUUUCUUAGAAAAAUUGUCAGUAAUUUCAUGGUGUGAUAAUAUUGGAAAUAGGUUUAUAACGUUGGGAAGAAUCCACACCGAGACAAUGGAUCGCUCAGCAAGGCUACUUUUACUACCUGCAGGAAGGGUGCAACUCGCCGGCAGUCCUGCCACGAGAGCACAUCUGAACCAAGAAGACAGGGAUAUUUAUAACUUUCGUAACCUGAUGCAGUCACCCUACUGCUGUGUCAGUUUUCAUUGGCCAGAACGGGACCCCACAUUCUAUAUUUUACCUGAUUGGCUAAAAACUUGAAAAUUUCCUGAAUAGUUAAGGGGGGGAAAGAAGACAAGGAAGAAGAUGAGGAAAAAGAGGAAGCUAGUCAAGAGAAAGUCAGGAGGGUUUCCAAAUAAGGAAUGGCAUGGACCAGGGUUUGGAGCUUGCCCAGUUCUGUUCAGACAUGCCAGAGUGAGUCAAGGUGGCUGAUUUGGAGAAUAUACAUACAUGAAUAUAUGUUUAUACUAAUAGCAGAUAAUGGACAUAGAGCAAGAGAUUGUAACUCCUUAUAAUGUAGUCUAAGAUAAAACUUUGAAGAACUUUCCCAUCUCUCACAUAUAAUGAUAUAUAUUGGUUUUCAUCUAUGGUUGCUGGCUCAUAAUGUCAGAGGUGUUUGAACUAGAGUGACUCCAUCUUGAAUAGAGGAUGGGUAAAAUAAGGCUGAGACCUACUGGGCUGCAUUCCUAGGAGGUUAGGCAUUCUUAGUCACAGGAUGAGCUAGGUCAGCACAAGACACAAGUCACAAAGACCCUGCAUAUAAAAGAAGUUGUGGUAAAGAAGGCAGACAAAACCCACCAAAACCAAGAUGGGGACCCACCAAAACCAAGCUGGUCAUCCUCACUGCUCCUUAUAUGCUAAAUAUAAUGCAUUAGCAUGUUAACAGACACUCCCUCCAGUGCCAUGACCCAAUAGGGUCUAAAAGGGGAAGAAACUCACAGCUCUGGGAAUUGCCCACCUUUCUUGGAAAACUAAUAAAUAAUUCACCUCUUGUUUAGCAUAUCAAGAAAAACUUGGCAAUAAUCCCAGCAAUUUGGGAGGCUGAGGCAGGUGAAUCACCUGAGGUCAGGAGUUCGAGACCAGCCUGGCCAAUAUGGUAAAACCCCAUCUCUACUAAAAAUACAAAA